AUGUCAGAGAAAUUACCAAAAGUGAGCCAGAAAAAAGCUAGAUCAUAAUCUUUAUAUCAGAAUCAAAUUACCACUUAGAAACUAAAGGAAUCAUUGUACAAUUAAUAAACAAGUCGGUAUGGUUAAAGAGCUUAAAGAAAUCCUGUUAUAGAAUCAAUUGUUAAAGAAGCUGAUGUAGUUAUGACUAACUAACAUCUGAAAGAGAACUUAUUUAAGCUAAAGGAGAUGGGAUUAUUAAGGAAUUGUUAGCCAAUAAUAUAAACGUAGUCAGGUUUAAAGAAAAAAGAUUAUAUAUUAAAUGAUUAUCAUAAUAAAAGCACAUUAAAUGGAUAUUCAAGGAAUUAUGGUGGAUUGUUUUAUAAUAAAUGA